CAACAAAGCCAUGGCCUUUUGGAUUGAUAUAAAUUAAUGUAUUCCCUACAGUAAAUGGUUUUCUGCUUUAUUCCAGGGGUGUUAGUUAACAUGGGUUUCAGAGUUGAGGGAAAAAUCGCUCUUAUUACGGGUGCUGCAACUGGUAUCGGUUUCGAAUACGCUAGUGAGUUACUUAGGCAUGGACUCAAGGGAGUUACAAUCGUUGAUUUCGACUCGACAAAAGGCUUCGAAGCAGCCCAGAAACUGAACAAUCAGUAUGGGAAAACUGUGGCCCAUUUUUGUCGUGCUGAUGUCACCAAGGAGGAUGAAUUAAAAAGUGCCUUCAAUGUUGCAUUGGAUAAAUGGAAAACUCUUGACAUAGUGAUUAACAAUGCUGGUGUAAUGAAAGAUGGCUCAUGGGAAAUGGAAAUCGCUAUCAAUUGCAAUGCUGUCGUCACUGGGUCUCUACUAGCUCUAGAACACAUGGGUAAACAUCGUGGAGGGAAAGGAGGCAUUGUUGUCAACAUAGCGUCGAUUCUUGGACUUCAAGAACUAUCGGGUUGUCCAAUCUACGUAGGAACCAAACACUUUGUGCUAGGCAUGACCAGGUCAUUUGGACAAUCCUAUUUCUACAACAAGACCGGGGUGAAAUUCCUAACAAUGUGUCCAGGUGUAACUGACACACCACUUAUCACAGAUGCAUCUUCAUUCGCUCUGUCUGACUAUGAAGGACUAGGAAAACUACUUGCUGAGCAACUAGCAUCUUUACCAGAACAAGAGCCUCCAUACGUCGCAAAGGGUAUGUAUCACUUGAUAACUCACGGAGACAAUGGAAGUGUUUGGGUAUGUGAAGGAAGGCAACCUAUCUACGAGGUGGAUAUUCCAGACAGAUUAACAUUGAAAAAAAUCAAUUAAAAUAUUUACUGUUGUCAUUUGUGUUCACUGUUAUCAUUAUCUUAAUCAAUGACAUAUGAAUAUAUCAAUAAUAUGUAGAUGUGUGUUACGAAUAAUAUAAAAUUACCUAA